AUGGAAGCUUGGCUGGCUACAGAAAACAGACUAGGAUCCAGUGAACAUGUCUUCCUUUGGUCGGAUGACUCAUUUCUUUCCAAGUUGAUUCUCAAGUUACUGGAUCAUCAUCCCUGCCAGUUCUCUUAUAUCUUAGGCUGUGACAAAGACAACGUGAUUUGCUGCAACAACAAAGAGUCUAUGGCGGAUGGUCUAACAUCCCCUGCUUUGUAUAGGGGAGUAAAAGUGAACUGA